AUGAUGCAAAUGUUGAAGAAACGCCUCGUGAAGCUCGUUGUCAACUUUCUCUUCUACUUCCGGACAGACGAAGCAGAGCCCAUCGGAGCUCUGCUGCUGGAGCACUGCCGGAUCACCAAAGAGCAGGAGAACGUCUUCUCAAUCAGUUUCAUUGAGGAGCCGGAGAGGAAAUACUGCUUCGAAUGUGACAGUGAAGAGCAGUGUCAGGAGUGGAUUGAGGCACUCAAGCGAGCCAGCUACGAGUUCAUGAGGAGGAGCUUGAUUUUCUACCGGAAUGAGAUCCAGAAGAUGACGGGGAAGGACCCCCUGGAGCAGUACGGGAUCUCCGAGGAAGCUCGCUUCCAGCUGGGAACACGCAAACAAUAA